CUGAUGGAAAAUUAUAACCAAACAUCAACUUAUUUCACCUUAUUAGGGCUGUUCCCACCAUCAAGAAUUGGCUUGUUUGUAUUUAUUCUCAUCAUUCUUAAUUUUCUAAUGGCUCUCAUUGGCAACCUGUCCAUGAUCUUUCUCAUCUUCUUGGACAAUCAUCUCCACACACCCAUGUAUUUUCUACUUAGCCAGCUCUCCUUCAUGGACCUGAAUUACAUCUCCACCAUUGUUCCCAAGAUGGCUUUCAAUUAUCUUUUCGGAAACAACUCAAUCUCCUUCAUUGCAUGUGGCGUCCAGAGCUUCUUCUUCUUGACAUUGGCAGGUGCAGAAGCACUUCUCUUGGCAUCUAUGGCCUAUGAUCGUUAUGUGGCCAUUUGUUUACCUCUUCACUACCCUAUUCGCAUGCGCAAGAGUGUAUGUUUGCUAAUGAUUGUCGGAGCUUGGAUAAUGGGGUCUAUCAACUCCUGUGCCCACACUGCAUAUGCACUCAACAUUCCCUAUUGCAGAUCUAGGGUUAUCAAUCAUUUCUUCUGUGAUGUUCCAGCCAUGUUGACUCUGGCUUGCAUGAACACCUGGGUCUAUGAGUACACGGUGUUUGCAAGCACCACCUUCUUCCUGGUGCUUCCUUUCAUCGGCAUUACUUGUUCCUAUGGCCGCUUUCUCCUCGCUGUGUACCGCAUGCCCUCCUCGGAAGGGAGGAAGAAGGCUUAUUCCACCUGCAGCACCCACCUCACGGUGGUGACUUUCUACUAUGCACCCUUUGCUUACACCUAUCUACGCCCACGAGCUUCUAGAUCUCCAACAGAAGACAAGGUUCUCGCUGUUUUCUAUACUAUCAUCACUCCAAUGCUCAACCCAGUCAUCUACAGCCUAAGGAACAAGGAGGUGAUGGGAGCCUUAAUGAGAAUCAAAAAAUCUUUGUUAAACUGUAGAUAA